UUCUGUACGUGUGGCCGAAUGGUUCACAGCUCCCUAAAUCACACACCACACCCUACAAUCGUAGGUUCGAUCCCCGAAGAAGCUAAAAUUUUUUUCUUUAAAAGAAACAAAUUCUUCAUUGAUAAAACGUCACUUUAAAUUCACUUGUAAUUCCUCAUACCACUUAAAUUUAUUAACCACAAAUUAAAUACCGCGUGUUAAUUUUUAAAACUUAAAAAACAUUCCCUAGUGACUAGUUACACAUCAAAGUCACUAGAUGCCGACAAUCUAAAUAACUUUCACUGCCAACAAAAAAAGAAUCAUAUUAGUUGUAAAAAGUCUCAUCAGAUCAUCAGCAUCUGGAAGACUUUCAAAACUCCACGUGAUAAAUGACAACUGUUUAAAAUAAUAAUUUAAAGUGGGUUAUUAAAUAGUAAAUAGAAUAGAAUAAUUAAUAAUGUCCGGGGAAAAUGAUGAGUUGAAGCGGCUACUUAGUAGUCCCAGCCUGGGAAGAGGUUCUGAGGACAAUGUGAUGGCUCCACCGCUCUCUACAAAUGUACCGAAACCUAGUGCUACACAAAGCAGUACUAGUAAUAAUAAUCCUCAAGCUUCUAUGACAGCUUCGACUCCGGCUACUGGUCAAAAAGAAGUGUUGGAACCUGUCAUACAGAACGUUGUCUCGACUGUCAAUUUAGAAACUGAGUUGAACCUAAUGAAAAUAAACGCUUGCACGCGUAACUCCGAGUACAACCCAGCGAGAUUCAUUGGACUGGUGAUGAGAAUCCGGAACCCGCGAGCUACUGCGCUAAUAUUCAGAUCAGGAAAGUUAGUUUGCACUGGGGCGCGGUGCGAGGAGGACUCCCACCUAGCGACCCGAAAAUUCGCGCGAAUCAUUCAGAAAAUAGGCUUUCACGUCAAGUUCAAGGACUUUAAAAUUCAAAAUAUCGUGGCGACUUGCGACCUGAAGUUUCCUAUAAAACUGGAGAGUUUAUGCGAGUCUCAUGGUAAUUUUACUUCCUAUGAACCGGAGUUGUAUCCUGGACUCAUUUAUCGGUUAAUUGCUCCAAGGAUUGUUUUGCUUAUUUUUGUAAAUGGAAAAAUUGUUAUGACAGGAGCAAAAGACCGAGAAGAUUUAACAACAGCUCUCAGUAAAAUAUACACAACGCUGCUGAGCUAUCGGAAAAAAUAGCAAAAAUUAUUGCUGGUAAUUUUAAUCACCAUCAAAGUUCUUGCAAUAAUAUUAGUUUGAGUUUGUUAAUACAAUAUUUAUAUAUUUAUAGUUAUUUU